AAGAAUUUUAUAUAUUAGAAGAAGAUGAAAUUAGCAAUAUUCCGAUUGAGAGUGAAUCAUUAAUAAUUGUACAACCUUUAAAUAAUAUUGAUAUUAGCUCUGAAUCUUUUGAAGAUAAAUUUAUCGAAGACAAAAUUAAUAUAAGUCAUAGCAAUGUAGACUUCGAUGUUGAUGCUUUGUUAAACAUAACAGAGUAUUUAAAAGACAUUCAAUUGAAAUAUGGUGAUUUUUGUGAAGUUCACUUUGGUCCUAAACGAAUUAUUAUAGUUUCAAAUAGUGAUGUGGCAUAUCCAAUUCAUGCCUCUACAGUGACUCUUAAUAAUAAAUUCUUAUAUCGUGAUUCAGAAAAUCCCGGAAUGCAUGAAAUCGGAAUGGAAAAUUGCGGAAUAGUUAGUAAUCGAAAUUUGGAUGAAUGGAAAAUCAAUCGAGAGUUCUUCAUAAGAGUGGCAAUGUCAAAAAAAUUUUUAAAAAUGCUUACAGAAAAAACAUAUGAAAAGACUACAGAUAUGUUUAAAUUAUGGGACAUAAUGAUAAAUGACAAGAGAGAAAUUGAUUUGUCUAAAUGGACAGAAAAGUUUUCUGGAGAUAUAGCGGUCUCAACAUCGACUGGACUAUCUGCUUAUUCAAUAUUUUCUUAUUUUAAGUCACUAGGAUAUGAUCAUAAUCACAAUUAUAUACCAACUACUGAAUGGGAACAAUCUUCAAAAUUACUUUAUCUCGUUGGUUCCUUUUUUAAAAUAGCACAAUGGUUCGUUUAUAUCCCACCUUCAAUAAGGCAUGCUCCUGGCAUAAACUACUUUGACAACAGGUUUUUAAAUGUUAUAAAAAAGUUCGAAGUCUUUAUAGUUGAGUUAAUUCGAAGAAGACGUGCGAAAAUUGAUGGGUUAUCCGACGAUGCUUUACUGCCGUCCGACUUUUUGACAUUGCUCCUUACAAUCAAUACACCACGAGAUCAAGAACGUUCCUUAUACAAGUCAUUAAACAGAUCGUUGAAUGAUCAUGAAAUUUUUGGUGUUAUUAGAGAUAUUUUCUUGGGUUCUAUUGAAACAGUUACGACUGCAAUGUGUUUAGUGUUUUAUUAUAUAUGCAAAUAUCCUUCUGUAAAAUAUAAAGCACUUUCUGAGAUCAACGAGAAAUUCGGCCAUUCAAUCGCUUUAAAUUCUCUUUAUGAAGAUAUAGAAAAACUACCAUAUUGUGAAGCUUUAAUUAAAGAAGCACUUCGCUUAAACUCACCAUUGCCAUAUCUACCACGGUCAAAUUCCGAACCCGCAGAAGUUGGUGGAUAUUUAUGGAAAGAGGGACAAACAUUUAUUUUACAUUAUCAGAGAAUAAGUAUUAACAAAGAUGAUUGGGUUGAUGCUGAUGUUUUUGAUCCUGAAAGGUUUUUGAAGAAUGAGAAUAGUAAGCGAUCAAUUAAUGCUAAAGAAGCUAAUAAUAAAAAAGCGUUUGCAACAUUUGGUGGUGGUGCUAGGAUUUGUCCGGGAAAGCUCUGGGCGCUAAUUGAAAUAAAAGUACUUUUAGUGGCAGUCUUAAUGAGAUAUGACAUGGAAUUUGUAAAUAAAGAUCAAGAAUUGGACUUAUUUUGUGAUUCAUCUUAUCAUUGGCGAGAACUUAGAAUCCGUUUAAGACCUAGAAUACAGGAAGAAUAG